AUGCCACGUAAAGCUACCAAAAGUGCCAGUGCCUCGGCUUCCAGGAGCUCUUCCAAACGUCCCGCACCGGAGGUUCCAGCAAGGCAGUCUAAAAGAGCACGGGCUACGGUUAGGAAAUCUUACGUCGAGCCUGAAAGCGACUCGGAUAAUGAGGGGGAUAAAUCGAAGAAAGUUUCACUAUCCAAAGAUGACGAUGAUGAGGGCGUAGCCUCCGACUACAAGGAACAAAGCGACAAGGAUCCAUCGUCGGAAUCUGAGCCUGACGAAACUGCCAGUGACGAUGACAAUGAGAUCAAGCAGGCAACUCUGAGAGGACGCACCACCAAGAACCUUCCUAUACACAAAAAGGCUGCUGAAGAGAAAGAGCUUUGGAAACCCGGAGCGAAGCUCGCACCAGGAACGCAACUGGUUAUCAAGAAGCCGAAGGCCCGGGAUGCAGGCGACACGCCAUACUUGGAUCACACGAUCCAUCCAAACACGAUGUUAUUCCUCAAGGACCUAGCGGCUAAUAACGACCGCCAGUGGCUGAAGCUCCAUGAUCCUGAUUUUAGAGUUUCGUUUCAGGACUUCACCACGUUUACGGAGAAGGUAUCAGAGAAGAUCAUUGAGGCCGAUGAGACCAUCCCUGAACUACCGGUCAAAGACGUCAUUUACCGAAUUUACAGAGGUGGUGGCUUCUGGCAGCCGGACGCGACAACCCUCGCGAAACUUCGACGUGACAUCGACCGCAAACCGCACAGGAUCAAGGCGGUUCUGACUGACCCUGGCAUUCGGGAGGCAUUCCUCGAUGGUAUUAAGGAUGACGAGAAGAAAGCUGUCAAGGCUUUCACGAGUCUGUCGAUGAAUCAGUCGAAUGCUCUGAAGCGUAAUCCGAAGGGAUAUGACCAUGAUCACAAGGAUAUUGAACUCCUGCGGCUCCGCAAUUUCACCAUGGGGCGAAAGCUUGCAGACGACGAGGUCGUCGGUAUUGGAGGUCUGGAGCGCGUGAGUGAGCUCGUAGCCAGUAUGGUGCCUUUCAUCACCUAUCUUAACAGCAUCGCGAUGCCCGACAAUGACACGUCAGACUCGAGCGACGGCGAUGGAAGCGAUGCCGAGCCCAACAAUGACAGCAGCGCUGCAGAGGAUGACGAGGCUUGA